AUGUUCGAACCGAAGAAACCUGUAGACUUCGAGAUCAUCAACACACCUGCUCCUGCGAUCGAACUGGAGAUAGAUACCCCGGACAACAUGCGACCGCACUUCGUGGUUUUGCGACAUCGAUACCUCCCCCGCACACCUUGCGUUGCAAACUACGCCAACGCUGCCGCGCAGCGGAUGGGCCAAAUUCGCGGCUCAACUGGCUUUCAGUACACUCUCCUCGGGGCCUCGUUUAAGGAGCCUUCGAACGGCCCCAGUGGCAAGUCUGCGGUUUGCCCUCCAGUCUCACAAGAUGGCCCUGCGCUUCACGAGAAACGAGCUAUGACACCAAGUGGUACAACAGGCAACGAAGGCGACGCUCAUGCUCGCGAAGGCACUCCGUCCCCUGAUGACUCGCUACCGACACCUGCGCUGCCCCGCGGAUCCGUUCUUCCCCCCGGAGUUCAGUAUUUUGAACGCAGCAUGUACAGGCGUACCGAAAAAGUGUGCUGGUACCAGUCCUCCGGCGCGAAGCUGAUCGAGGCGCCCCCGGACAAGCUGGCAGCCCAAGAAGGGAGUAUCUACAUCCAUGACCGUGGCGACAAGGAAGAUCAGCAGAUAUGGCUGUGGACCGACGGCAAUUGGGUCGCCGCAUCGCCCAAUUGUGCCCACCCGUCCCUCAGCGAUUACAGAUUAAGAUUCACGGCCAACGGUGAGCCGCGGUGGGUCACAGCAAAGACGAUUACGACGUACCAAGGUCGUCAGAAGAAGCGCCUGCGGGAGCAGCCCGUGAUCGACCCGCCCUGA